AUGGGAAGUUCGAAAACAAGCAGUGAUGUUUCCGAUAGCAGUAGCUCUCAAACCGAAAUCGAGAAUCACAUUUCCGCUUCUCCAUACGCUGAAGGAGAGAAAGUCCUUGCUUUCCACACUGCAUGUCUUUAUGAAGCCAAGGUUAAGCAAAUUGAGUACAAGCGUAAACAAUGGAGAUUCUUUCUUCAUUAUCUUGGUUGGAAGAAAAGUUGGGAUGAAUGGGUUGGUAUUGACCGUUUGUUGAAACAUACUGAGGAAAAUAUGCGGAAAAAACUUACAAUUGAUGCGGAAUAUGGCAAUGAAAAGAAUGCGAGAAAGCCUCGUGCGUCAUCCAAGGGUUCUAAUGGAGCGAGAGGCAGGAAACGAAAGAAUGAUUCUCUGGUUAAGGAAAAAACUGCGGUUCUUCCUGAUAAACUUGUCAACUUUCAGAUUCCACCAACACUAAGGAAGCAAUUAGUUGAUGAUUUUGAGUUUAUUACGCAUCUCGGCAAGCUUGUUAAACUUCCACGUACUCCUAAUGUGAACGAUAUAUUCAAGACUUAUUUUGAUUACAGAUCGAAGAAAAGUGGACCGAUAGCUGAUUCGGUUGAAGAAAUUAUGAAAGGACUGAGUUGUUACUUUGACAAAGCACUGCCAGUGAUGCUCUUGUACAAUAAUGAGCGUCAGCAGUACCGAGAAGCUUGUGCAAAUGAUAUUGUUCCUUCUGCUAUAUACGGUGCUGAGCAUUUGUUACGUCUCUUCGUUAAAUUGCCAGAGUUAUUGUUCCAUGCUAACAUUGAAGGCGAUACAUUGGUAGAACUCCAGGCACAAGUACUUGACUUUCUCAGGUUCUUGCGAAAAAAUCAGAGAGCAUUUUUCCUUUCUUCUUAUCACGUCCAGGAAGAUGUUGAGAACAGCAGCGACAAACGAUUUUGCACAUAA